CACAUUCAUUCACUCGAUGAUGGCGCCAUUGGAGAUGAGAUUCAAGAGCUCUAUCUUAUCCCAGAGGAGGACAUUGAUAGUGUGGAUAAAACCAGGCAAGCCGUUUUGCAUGGUGCCCAUGCCUUCGAUGUCAAUGUGAAUAACAAGCGCUUUGUUCCCCAUCUGGGUAUGGACUCGAUCUUUAUGUACGAAAUCGCAGACAAUGACUCUGCUCAGCUUCAGUCCAUCAAUCUGAGCCCAAUGGAAGGCGACGGCCCUCGGAAUUCCUAUGCUAAUAAGAAUGGGAAGCUCCUCUACGUGGUAACCGAGCAUACUCAGUGGCUUGAUGUUUACGAAAUUGGCGAGACUCAACUCCGGCAUGUCCAACGCGGCAGCGUUAUUCCCGAUGAUGUACGAGGUCAGUUCACGUUCCGAAGCAAUACCGUCCAACCAUCUCGAGAUGGCAAGUAUCUCUUUGCUUCGACCCGCAGUUGGGAGAGCCCCGGUGCCAAUGGAUAUGUUGCCGCAUUCGAGCUAGACGAUGCUGGGUACCUCGAAAGCGAAACGGCAGUGACUUUUUAUGAAGCUCCCGUGACUCUUGGUUCUGCGGGUGGCCUUCGCGUUGCGUCUUGGGAGGACAAGACCAACGGUGAUCCCAGCGGCUUGACAGAUUAUAUGUACCUCAGUGAUACAUCCGAGGGCUGGAUGUUUAUUCUGGGUUGGACUCCAUCGAACAAAACGUUAGACCUCGUUGCCUCACUCCAUUACCUAGACAACGCGACGCCGUACGAGGCUACCUGGUUGGAUUAG